AUGGAAGACGUAGGACUGGACCGCAAACUAGUGAUCAUUGGCCCCACAGACGUGGGUAAGACGUCCAUUACUAUGCGUUACUGUCAUGGCAGCUUUUCGACGCCCACAUCUGCUACGAUUGGGGCCUCAUUCUUGCAGAAGCGCGUAAUUGUUGGAGAUGAUACUGGCGCACGGAGGAAAUUAACUCUUCAAAUUUGGGACACAGCUGGCCAGGAGCGCUUUCGGUCCAUGGCGCCGAUGUAUUACCGUAACGCUAAAGCGGCUAUUCUGGUGUUUGACCUUCAGAACGAGGCCAGCUUUGAAAAGAUUAAAGAGUGGCUUCAAGACCUACAACAUCAUGUGGGUGAUGACAUAGUACUAGCAGUAGUAGGCAAUAAGAGCGACGUCCCGUCCGAUUUUGAUUUUUCAAAAGCUCAGCAGUUUGCAGAUGAAAUUGGUGCGCUGGUCUUUCGUACUAGUGCCAAAACGGGCAAAGGGAUACAGUCGCUUUUUGAAAGUUUGGCGGUGCAGCUUUUGAAAAAACAUGAUCAAGACCAACGAAAUCGAGGUCGGGAUGUACACAGAGCAGGAAGCACGACAAGCACGGGGUCUUACGACUACGGGGGUCAAAAUAGUAUCAUUUUGAAUCAAACUAAUACCUCAGGACACAAGGCAUCUAAAGGUGGCUGCUGUUGA